AUGUUAAACCUUCGAUCAGAAUUUACUUAUAAAAUAUCACAUCAUAUUGUUCCUGGAUGUGCACGAUUUGGUAUAAUUGAUGAUACGGGACAAUUACAACUUAUUGUUGCAACAACAACAAAUAAGGUUAUCAUUCAUGAUAAUGAAAUAGUUCUUAAUAUAAAUGAAAAAAUUCGAGCAUUGGAAGUGACAACAUUUGAUAAGACAUAUGAUGUGAUUAUUAUUGGUACAGUAUGUGGUGUAUUAAUUUAUGAUGCUUACAAUAAUACGACAUUGAUACAACGUGAGCUUGUUGAUGGUGUCAACUGUAUACAGGUAGGAAAAUUUAACACCCAUGAUAAGCUUAUCUUUUGUGGUGGUAAUUGUGCCAUUUGGGGUUUAGAUAUUGAGGGAAAAGAUGCCUUCUGGACUGUUACUGGUGAUAAUGUCUUAUCAUUAUGCUUAUCAGAUAUCGAUAAUGAUGGUAUUAAUGAGCUUAUUGUUGGUUCAGAGAGUUUUGAUAUCCGUAUUUUCAAGAAUGAUUUGUUACUUUAUGAAAUGACCGAAACGGAUGCCGUAACCGGAUUAUGUGAUUUGGGUGAUGGCAUUUUUGCAUAUGCCCUUAUGAACGGUACAUUAGGAGCUUACAACGGGAAUACACGAUUGUGGAGGAUCAAAAGUAAGAGUCAAGCUGUAGCACUAAUACAGUUUCCGGAUCCGAAAGUUUUGGUAUGCGCGUGGAUUCACGGAAAGGUCGAUAUGAGAGAUCCAACAACAGGUGAAGUAAAAUUGAAAGAAUCAAUUAAUAGUCAAAUUGCUACCACAUUUAUUACCGGUGAUCAAUUGGUUGUUGUUUCAACUGAUGGAAAUGUUCAUGGUUUUAUAGCCGAUAAGAAGCAAAAUGGAACUAAUAAUGGAGAAAAUUUGUUACAUGAACUUAAUCUAAAAAAGUACAAUUUAUUGGCAGAAUUACAAAAUUAUGAGCAAUGCAAUAAUGAAAUAAUUUCAAAUGAAAAUGACGAAAAUAAACAAAUCGUUCCGGUACGUUUUACACGUUUCAAACGUGUUUUACACGCUAAUACAGUUAUGGAAACUACUUUAACAGUAAAUUGUCAAUCAAAAGAACCAUGUGUUCAAUUGCAACUGACUGUCUCUGGUGAUGUUAUCAUCCGAUCGGUCAUUUUAUUCGCUGAUGGUAUCUUUGAUGGUGAAUCAUACAUUGUACAUCCAACCGAAAAUUAUUCUUCCUGUAUUGCAAUCCAACUUCGACCAGCCAAAGAUGUAGCUGUUGAUUUGCAUAUUAAAGCUCUCAUAGGAUAUGCUAAAAGCACUCAAUUACACGUAUUUGAAGUAACACGUAACCUUCCACGUUUUCUAAUGUAUGCACUGGAUACGGUAAAUGCACCAGAACCGGAAGGGAAAGCUAUUUUUCAAAUUAACGAACGACCACCACAGUUAGCAAUUUGGAUUAAUAAUAACUUUUUGUUAGCUAAUGAAAUCAUUUGCGAAGAUGAAUUCAAGCUAAAAGUUAAUUUUAUUAGUUUACGAACCAAUGAAUCAUUGAUUAUUGAAAUGGAUGGAAAUGGAAAGGUAAUAAUUCAAAGCAAUAACAUAGAAUUAGUUGGUAAUAUCAUCCAAUCAAUUGCUGGAAACUUUGAAAUCACUGAAAUAGAAACAAUGGCACAAUUUCCACGUGAAAUUGCAAAACUCAAUGAUAUUACAGAAAAGCUACAUGAAAUGUAUAUAAUGCGUGACCGAUUAUCUGCAACGAUUGCUGAACGAUCUAAUUCGAUCAAAGAAAUGUUAGUACGAGCUGAAGAUGCCCGAACUAUCAAUCAAUUUCGUUUAAUGAGUAAAUACUAUCAAAAAAUGCAUACAUUAAAUCAAGCAAUGAUAACUGAACAUAAAAUACGUUGUAAUAAUCAUGAAGAAUUGCUUAAACUUCUUCGAAAUCUUAAUAAAAUUAUCGAACAAGGCUCACGACUUCGAGUUGGUGUACCAGCUAGUCGAUUAAUUUCAGCAUGUCGAAAUGCGAUUGUCGAAGAACAUUUUGAUAUGCUUCAAAAAAUUAUCCAAUUUGGUGUAUGA